CCAUUGGCUCGGGCUUCAUCCGGGGUAGGUGUGGUCUGGAUGAACGAGCGUGCAUCCUUUGUUAAACCGUGCACUUUCAUAUUUAAAAAGGUAAAGAGUCCUAGUCGUGUGGUAUUAAAUAGGCAUUGUGAAUUCCCUUUUAAUUAAAGUGCACCUCUACAAUGCAAUUUCCUCUUUCUCAAACCUGUAUGAGGAGGCAUUGCACACGUCCAGUCAGCGCAAAGGAAUUCAACGAAAAGUGUCACCGUGUCAAACUCGGAAUCUUGGAUUGAACUCUCGCUUGUUCUUGUUUUUGAGAAAGAGAAGCUCCAAAUCGAGCAGUUGAUGCUCGGCAUUUUGCCUGAUUGGCGGAGAGCCGCGGAGACGGGAGCGCUUCCUCCCACCAUGCCCAUCGGCCCCGCGCGCUCCUCCUCGCCCAGUGCGUAAAACCGCCGUGGAGGGUCCCCCCACCUUAUCGGACGACAUGGCAUGGUGUGACCGACGGAUUCAGACUUUGCUGGCCAUCGUGGGCGCCUUCGCCGCCUUCAGUCUCAUGACCAUCGCCAUUGGCACCGACUACUGGCUUUACUCGCGCGCGUACAUCUGCAACGCCACCAAUGCGACCUCGGACGACUCCCAGAUGCAGACCAAAAAGGUCAGAGGCGACCUGACGCACUCCGGGCUGUGGAGGAUCUGCUGCAUCGAAGGGAUCAACAAAGGAAGCUGUUUUUGGAUCAAUCAUUUUCCAGGCGAUAACGACUACGAUACAGACAGCGCCGAGUACAUCUUACGUGUAGUGCGUGCAUCCAGCCUGUUUCCCAUCCUCAGCACCGUUCUGCUGAUGUUGGGCGGCCUGUGUGUCGGAGUCGGACGCAUCUACAACAACAAAAACAACAUCCUUCUCACUUCUGGCAUCCUGUUUGUGGCUGCAGGCCUGAGCAACAUCAUUGGCAUCAUCGUCUACAUCUCCAGCAACGCCGGGGAUCCCAGUGACAAGAAAGACGAAGACAAGAAGAACCACUACAACUACGGCUGGUCCUUCUACUUCGGGGCCCUCUCCUUCAUCGUGGCGGAAUCAGUGGGCGUCCUUGCCGUCAACAUAUUUAUCGAGAAGAACAAAGACACGCGCUUCCGAGCCCGACGCGACUUCAUCAAAACCACCUCCUCCUCCUCGCCGUACUCCCGCAUCCCGAGUUACCGCUACCGGCGGAGGUGCUCGCGCUCCAGCUCGAGGUCGAGCGACCCGUCCCGCGAGCCCUCCCCGGCCGGGGCGAGGAUUGCUGGAGGGAGCGGGGGAGGAGGGUUGAGGAUGGGCUUUCCAAUGGGGGACGUGUCUCUGUACGCCCUCACCGGGGAGCCCCCGAAUCGCCCGAGGGCGAGCGCGGGGCCGUACAGUCCAGAGAGGGACUCUGGGUUUUUACAAGUCCACAACUGCUUCGAGAGAGAUGUGAAAGACGGAGUGAACAGGAGGACCACGCCAGUGUGAUGCUGUGUGGAACCGUACAUAUUGUGCAGUUGAUGAGAAGGGACAAUUGCCUCUUCGGUGCUGAAAGGUCAGAGCUCAAAAUAGGUCUUUGUUGGGUUCUUCUUGGAUAGAAAUAAAACGCCAAUAUACCAGAAAAUGUGGCAUUACGAAUAACAUUUUACAAUUUGAUUGACAUUUUGCAGCAACAGGAGUUGUUUAAUUCUACAACGUGAAAUCCACCAUUAGUGAGGGGCUUAGGAAAAACUGCAGAUUGUCGUUCUUGUUCUUGACAAUUGCCUGUAAUUCAUGUUAUUGUUUGAGUUCUAUUGUAUUUGCAAACGUAACAUAACUGGUGCUAAUUUAAUUUGUACACCUUUGAUAGUCUUAAGCCUUUUCAACUGCCAUUUAAAUACUUCCGCUCUAUCUCAAAAGCCUGUGUGUGAGUCAGCUAAUACAUUUGCUCGAUACAGAGUGUGAAGUUUGCCACAAUAUGACAUAUAGCAACACAUUCUCAUUGAAGCUUGUGAAAUAGUUUGGGUUUUUUGUACUGAUACACAAAUUGUCCGUAUUUUCUUGUGUCUUCAAAAACAUUUUUUUCCUAACGUUAGAAACCAAAGUUUAGGCAACAAAAUAACUUGGUUAGGUUUUGCAACAACGUUAUUGUUCAGAUAUACAUGAUCUAAAAUGACCGGGCACAGACAGUACAUUUCAGUAUCCUGUGCCACGUAUCAGUGCAAACCUUAUUUGUACAGAUUGUGUAGUUUGCUCAGGGAACAAAUGGUUAUUACCAUUAAAGAUCUGGAGCUUGUCAUGAGAGAGAACACACACGUUUUAUUUACCAACUGAGCAACAGGAUGGUGUUAGACACAGAUUAUUCUGCUGGGAUGGGUAGUUCAGAGUGUUGUAUCACAUAAUGUGUGGAGAGGCUAACAGAGAUUGUCAUGAUGCUGAGGCUGAGUACCUGGAAUAGCUUCAGUGACCUUUGACCAGAAGCGUUGGUCACAACCA